GCUUAAAGCGAGUUAUGUCUUUUAAGUUUAUAAGAGAGGAAGAAGGAAAUAAUCUUGUGGAGAAGAUUAUGAUGGCGAAGGGAUCACCUGUGAAUUUGUCAGAGAUGCUUUUAUCCCUUUCAAAUGCUACAAUUGCGAGGGCUGCAUUUGGGAAAGGAAGCACACAACAAAAGAGGUUUUUGUUGGCGAUGAAGAAGACGUUUGAGUAUCUCUCAGGAUUCAAUGUGGCUGAUAUGUUUCCUUCGUGGAGUUUUGUUGGUGAGAUAAGUGGAUUGAGGCAUGGGAUGGAGCAAGUUCACAAGGAAAUGGAUUGUGUUCUGAAUGAGAUAAUUGAGGAGCACGAGGGGAAGAAAUUGGAUGGUGAUGAUAUGAAUGAAGAUUUGGUUGAUGUUCUUUUGAGAAUUAAGAGAAAUGGAGAGAUGGGUUUAUCACUCACGAUGGAAAAUGUCAAAGCUGUCAUAUUAGAUAUAUUUCUUGCCGGAUCUGACUCCUCAUCUACUGCAAUUGAGUGGGCUAUGACAGAGCUCAUUCGACAUCCUAUAGUUAUGCUAAAAGCUCAAUUAGAGGUAAGAAAAGUCUUAAAUGGAAAGAGAACAAUAGAAGAGGGAGACAUAAGCAAACUUCCAUACCUAAAUCAAGUUAUCAAAGAAACUCUUAGAUUACAUCCUACUGGCCCUCUCCUGGUGCCUAGAUUAUGUCGUGAGACAGUUGAAUUAGCUGGCUAUACAAUACCAGUUGAAAGUCGGGUUGUGAUUAAUGCAUGGGCUAUGAUGAGAGAUCCAAAAUAUUGGGAAGAUCCAGAGAUUUUUCGACCAGAGAGAUUUGAAGACACAACAUUAGAUUUUGGAGUAGCAAACUUUGAGUAUAUUCCUUUUGGUGGUGGAAGAAGGAUUUGUCCGGGGAUCUCUUUCGCAUUGGCAAGCAUGGAGCUUUGGCUUGCACAACUGCUCUUCUACUUCGAUUGGGAGCUUCCAGGAGGUAGGAGUCCUCAAGAAUUAGAUGUGGAGGAAGCUUUUGGUCUAACAUUAACUAGAAAAAAUGAUUUAUGUUUAGUUGCUACUUAUCAUGAAUAGUCUUUCCAUGGUUACUUA